AUGAAUUCAAAUAAUAAUUAAAAACAUGAAAUAAUAGCACAAUAGCAUAUGGCUGAUGGUAUGAAAUUUCAUAUGAAUGGCAUGCUUGAUUAAGCUAUUGAAUCCUACAAAUUGUAUGCAUAGUUAGAAGCAGAUGAUAAUGAUGUUUACUACAAUUUAGGGCUUGUUUAUCAAUAAAAAGGAUAGCUAGAUGAAAGCAUAAAAUGGUAUAAAAAAUGCUUAAAUCUAAACCCAAACGAUGAGUCUUGUUUAUAGAAGAUUGGAGCUGUUUAUUUUUAAAAAAAUAUGUUUGAUGAAUGCAUAGAAAAAAAUUUAAGAUGCAUAUAAAUUAAUCCAAAAAAUAUCAAUUACUACAAUAAUUUAGGUUUCAUUUUUAUUGAAAAAAAUAUGAAUGAUGAGGCAUUAAAUUAUUUUAAGAAAUCACUUGAAAUAAAUCCUAACUAAGAUCAAAUCAAUUAUAAUAUUGGAGUAAUUUAUGAUAGAAAGGGAUUGCUUGAAGAAGCAAUUAAACAUUAUUAAAAUUGUAUAAAUUUAAAUCCAGAAUAUAGUAAAUGCUACUAUAAUUUAGGGGUUUGUUUUAGAAACAAAAAUAUGUUUGAUGAAGCCAUUUAAAAUUAUCAAAAAUGCAUAAUUCUUAAUCCUUAACAUGAGUCAUGCUAUUACAAUCUUGGAAACGCUUUAUUAGAAAAAAAUAUGUUGGAUGAAGCAAUAAGUGCUUUUUAAAAAUGCCUGAAUAUCAAUCCAAAAAAAGAUAGUUGUUAUGAAAAUAUGGGUAAUGCCUUUUUAAGAAAAGAAAUGUAUAACGAGGCUAUAAAAUCAUAUUAAAAAUCUAUAGAGCUAAACCCAUAAUUCGAUAGUUGCUAUCGAAGUUUAGGUUACGCUUUUUGCUGUAUAGAAAAAUUUGAUUAAGGUAUUGAAUAAUUUAAAAAAUGCUUGGAGCUAAAUCCUAAGAAUGAACAUUGUAAUCACAAUUUAGCUAAAGCUUACUUACUUAAUGGUAUGAUUGAUGAAGCAAUUAUUUCAUAUUAAAGAUAAUUAGAAAUUAAUCCAAAGGAUUAAGAAUGCUUAUAAGAGUUAGAAAAUAUAAAAAAGAAAUAAUCAUAGAUUUUGUAAUGA